AUGCCGCGGUUGAAGAAGCCAGACGGCUCUUUGUGCCGAGACGAUGCCGAGAACGCCGUCUGUUUUCGACAAUCCAUCUGGCCCGAGACAAGCACAGGUGGUCGUCCGGACCCUUUGCCAUUGCCCAAUCUCCCGACGGGGCGUGCCGAGCACGACUCGUCCCCCAUCUUCGACGAGGAUGAGGUGUCCAAGGUCUGCCGGGGGCUUGAAUACGGCAAGGGAUGCGGCCCGGACGGUGUCCCGAGCGAUGCCAUCAAGUAUGCGAAAGCACCCUUGAUCCCGUACCUCGUACAUCUGAUGAACGCUUGUGCCCGGCUGUCCUAUCAUCCGGACGAAUUCAAAACCAGCAAAAUCGUCGCGUUGAAGAAACCCGCCAGGUCGGACUACUCUCUACCCAAGAGUUGGCGACCUGUCGCCCUUCUCUCUUGCAUUGGCAAGGUCUUGGAACGGCUCAUGGCCGACUGCCUUCAGCAACUGGCCAUGAAGCAUAAUUUGCUCCCCGGCACCCAGUUCGGCGCCGCCCGCCGAUGCACCACCAAGGCUCUCGAGUACCUCUUGACCCCCAUCUACAAGAGUUUCAUCCAUCCGGGAUUCAAGAAAGCUCAGGAGAUUUUCAAGUGGCUCUGUACCCUUUUGAGCCUCGACAUCGCCGGCGCCUAUGACCACGUCAGGUGUCAGGAGCUCCUCAGGAUCUUGGCCGACAAGGGCAUCCCUGCCUGGAUCAUUCACUACGUGAGGUCUUUCCUCUCUGCUCGGAGAAGCCGCGUCCACUUCCCCGGCUUCGUCUCCGACGACUUCUGGGUCAACAUCGGCAUCCCCCAGGGCAGCCCGUUGUCCCCCAUUCUCUUCGUCUUCUUCACGAGCCCUAUGCUGGAGAAGUUCAAGCAGGAAAACCCCGCCAUCGACAUCGUCAUUGCCAUGUCGUACGUCGAUGACACCUACAUCCUCGUUACCUCCCCGAGCUACAAGACCAACUGCGAGAUCUUGACCAAGUGGCAUGAUGUGGUGAUGGGCUGGGCCGGCCCCAUCGGCAUCCGUUUCGAUCCGUCCAAGUACCAGGUUAUGCACUUCCGGCGAUCCAGAACCACCUCCGACUACCCUGACGAUAUGCCCGCCAUCGUUGGACUGACCAAGAAAAACAACCUGGUGCCCGAGGAGAGGGAUCCCGCGGACGAAAACGGCGUAGAAGAUAAACGGCUUACGCACCUUCGCAUUCUUGGCCUUCUCGUGGACCACCGGCUCAGCUGGGAUGCACACAUUGCUCAUAUCGAGGCCCGGGUGCGCGCAAAGAUGAGCUGCUACAACCGCAUCAGCGGAUCGACCUGGGGCGUGACGCUCAUCGACAUGCGGCGUCUCUAUUACACCAGCGUCCGAACGAUCAUCGCCUACGCCGCCCCGGUCUGGUUCGUCCAUUUCGAAGGCUGCGGAAGUCAUCUUCAGAUAAGGCAGAAGCUCGUCCACAAGCUCCAAGUUCUUCAGAACUUCUGUUUGCGCCAGAUCUCCGGGGCCUUUCGCCAGACCGCAUCAAUGGUCCUCCACAAAGAGCUUCACAUCGACCCCAUCGCCAUCUACCUCCAACGCAUCGCCAUGUCCCACCGCCUACGCACCCUCAAUACCCAGGAGCACAAAAGGCUCAUGGAAUCCCAGCAGCAGCUGUACCCCGGCAUGCGCUCCACCGCCGUCUUCGACGCCCACCCCUACAAGAAGGCGUAUGACCUCGCCGAAGCCUUUCUUGUGACCAUCAGGGCUGAGCUUUACCACGUCAAAUUCCCAGUUCCCGCGGCAGAGAUAUGGGGCAAUAGAAAGAGCCGCAACGAGUACAUCAACGACUACGCCGAGCGUCAGGCGUCCACCAUGAGCGGCAUGCUGUGGGACCAAUACCUCAACCGGCGCAACAAAGCGUCCCGCACCCUUUUCAACGUCCGUCCUGUCGCAGCCAAGGGUGAAUGGCGCAAGGAAAACCUCGAAUGUUAUGAAGGCUUGAAGAAGGCCCAGAGCACCAUCUUGAUCCAGUGCCGAACUGGAGUCAUUGGCCUCAACUCGUUCUUGAAACAAGUUAAAUUGUCCGAGACCGACAUGUGCCCAUGCGGCACAGGUGUACAUACGGUAUCCCACCUCCUGUACAAAUGUCCCUCCCUGGCCGAGGCCAGGGUCCAUCUGCCUCUUUUCAACAAGAACCUCAACAAGCCCGACCCGACCAACUUCAAGAAACGUGCCGGGAUCCGCGACAAGCUCGGCAAGACGUAUAAGAAGCGUGGCAAGACUUUCACCAAGCCCGUCAAACCCAACCGCAAACCCUACAACGAUCUCACUACCCUUCUCACCGACCACGCCCACGUCGUCACCGAGUGGGCGAUCCGCCACUUCGGCCUCGAACAGUUUGAGUGGACGAACCAGCACCUCCUUAUCGGUCCGUCGAAGAAAUAUGACUCCAUUUUCGAAGGGACAUAG